UUGUGGUCCGGUGUGCGCAUGCGCCCGGCAUUGGAAAUACCGCACUGGCAAGACUAAGUUGUGGCUCGUCCGUCUUUGACUUGAAGAAAAAGGGGGGGAAAAAAGGCGGAAAACACUGGCGAACAUGGCCGUUUGCAGGACGAGAAGAACGAGGUGUUUCGGCGUGUGGAUGUUCCCGCUGGUGGUGGCCACGGUGUGCGCGCAAAGUGCCGGUGUCAGUGACCCCAGUAACAUGUCUCUGGUGAAGGAAACGGUGGACCGGCUGCUGAAAGGUUACGAUAUACGACUGAGACCUGAUUUCGGAGGUCUGCCGGUUCGAGUGGGCAUGAACAUAGACAUCGCCAGCAUAGACAUGGUGUCGGAAGUCAACAUGGACUACACCUUGACCAUGUACUUCCAGCAGGCCUGGCGGGACAAGCGGCUGUCCUAUUCCGAGAUCCCCCUCAACCUGACCCUAGAUAACCGCGUGGCAGACCAGCUGUGGGUGCCUGACACCUACUUCCUCAACGACAAGAAAUCAUUCGUCCAUGGUGUCACGGUGAAAAACCGAAUGAUCCGACUGCAUCCGGACGGCACGGUACUGUACGGUCUGAGAAUCACUACGACCGCAGCUUGCAUGAUGGACCUCAGGCGAUAUCCACUGGACGAGCAGAACUGCACACUGGAAAUCGAGAGUUAUGGCUACACCACAGACGACAUUGAGUUCUACUGGCGUGGCGGAGACAAGGCCGUGACCGGGGUGGACAUGAUCGAGCUGCCGCAGUUCUCCAUCGUGGAUCACAAGCUCAUCUCCAAGAAUGUUGUCUUUUCCACAGGUUCCUACCCUCGCCUGUCGCUGAGCUUCAAGCUGAAGAGGAACAUCGGUUACUUCAUCCUGCAGACCUACAUGCCCUCCAUCCUCAUCACCAUUCUGUCCUGGGUCUCCUUCUGGAUCAACUACGACGCCUCUGCGGCCAGAGUGGCUCUAGGUAUCACCACUGUGCUCACGAUGACUACGAUCAACACCCAUCUGAGGGAAACGCUCCCUAAAAUCCCCUACGUCAAAGCCAUCGACAUGUACCUGAUGGGCUGCUUCGUCUUCGUGUUCUUGGCCCUGCUGGAGUACGCGCUGGUGAACUAUAUCUUUUUCGGACGUGGACCGCAACGGCAGAAAAAGGCAGCAGAGAAGUCGGCGACGGCCAACAAUGAGAGGAUGAGGAUGGACCCCAACAAGUGGUUAGUGGGCAACGUAGUGGGCAGAGACGACACGCUGUACGCAAGAAUGAAACAAAGAGAUCUUGACGGACACGACUCCAUGUGGGAGCCGAUCUUUGUGGAUGAUGCCGCAAUCGGCCUCGGCGACCAGAAAAAUAAGCAGAUGGAGCCCCACGAAAACAUUUUGCUGAGCACCCUGGACAUCAAGAACGACAUGGGUGUGUCGGAGCUAGCGCUGGGUCUGAACGACCCGCGGAACACCAUGCUGACGUACGACAGCUCCACCCUCCAGUACCGCAAAGCCGGACUGGCCAGGCACAACUUCAGCAGGAACCCGCACAUGACUCAGAAGAAGAGUCGGCUACGGCGACGAGCCUCGCAACUCAAGAUCAACAUUCCAGACUUGACUGAUGUGAACUCCAUCGACAAGUGGUCGAGAGUGAUCUUUCCCACUGUCUUCUCCUUUUUCAACAUUGUUUACUGGCUUUACUACGUCAACUAAGGCCAACGAGAGAAAGAAAAAAAAACAAACACUUUUACCGGAUAUAAACUCAACUUCAUUUCUUGUCUCGAUCUGCGUUGGUUUUAAUUUCUGUGAUUGUGAAACUGUGGAUAUGGAGUUUUUCACAACUGGAUCCAUUUUUUUUGGGGGGGGGGGGGAAUAUCACCUUUGCCAUUUUACCCUUGAAAAUCCACAAAGAGAGAUUACGAACAAAAAGGUGCCUGUUCCAGAAUUUUAUUUUUACUUGACAACUUUUCCAUGUUUUGUUUCUAAUUUUGUGAACUUGUACCAUUUUGUUGUGUUUACGUUGCAGUAUAUGAACAAUGCCAAAAUGGAGUUAAAUUGGCUUGAACUUCGGUUGGAAAAGCUAGUUUUAUAUGAACACAAUCCAGUGUGACCUCUGAUCUAAAAGGGCCUGCAUCACUUUCAACCAUUCCCGACCCAGUAUCUGAACACAUAGUAAAGUGGGAGCUUGACUCGAUUUGCGAGUUACUAGUGAUUUGACGGUCCAUUUUUUUUUUGGGUUGCUUUAAGAAGGGAGACAAAGUUUUUGGACAAUUAUCUCGCUGUUUUCUAAUUUAUGGGUAGAAGAAAAAGCAAGUUGAGUGUGUUGUCGACUUAGUGAGGCAGAAGGAGAGUGAGUCCUCACUGGAGAGCCACCAAAUCAAGAUCCAACCCCACCCCCAGCUUCAAUCCCUCCCAGCAGCUCCACUUCAAAUUUCUGUGUAGUUUCCAAUUUCCACCAGAAGCUGAGUGUAGCAUAGCGAUACCUGAUAUUCAGCCACACCGUUGCGGGCGGAGUCAUAUGUUGCAUAAUGUGAAGCACUGGUUGAACAACGCUGCUGUAUGGUUGUAGUAAACUUAAUAACCAACGGGGAGCAAAGCUUGUGGUUCUGGACCACUUCCAGAAGGACACUACAGAACCGGUGUUGGUGGGUGGGGUGAACCCGAUACGGACAAAAUCACCCUAUUUCAUGGGACUUUUUGAGAGUCACCCAUGAGCCAAUAGGCUCCUACUGUGCCUCCCAGUUGACAGAGUCGGUAGCAUUCAAUGAGAAUUAUGUUUUUUCCUGGAUAACACAGCAAGGGAAUAUCGUAAUGUGGUGGCAUCUGUUAUGCAUCCACUCAUCCGUAUCCUAACCCCAACCACAGACUCAUGACCAACUAGAGGAGGUCCUCAUAGAAUGGACAAUGACAGGCUUUCGCACCAACCAUUCAGCACAAGAGGAGCCGAGUGGUCCACAUGAAGGGGUGGUGUGUACUCGGAAAACCACCCAUUCAAUGGGAUGACUACAUAGGUAUGAAGUGCUUUGACCAUGACAGGAAGUAUCAUAUGGCGCAACAUUGACUUCCCACAGCUCCAAAUCUGACUUCGCUGAACGGCCUCCCUAGGAAUUUCCUAAAUAAAACCGUUCCAGAUGAAGAUUUUGGCGGGAAAUGAGAACAUGUCUUACAGUCCAACACGGAAAUGGAGUUGGAAAUGGAUCAAAUUGAGCCAGUAAGUCAGGAUAACAGUGUAAUUAUUAGGUUAUACAGAGUAGAUUUAGCAUCACGUACUUCCAAAGUUAAACAAAGCCUCAUGUCAUAAAGUCUAAAUAGAGUUUUGUUGCUGCAGCUGAGUACGUGUGGUGAAGAUCACAAGUCCAUUCCUUUGCAGCCUUUACCAUGGUUCCUCGCAGGUUUAUCGAAGUCCACCACAAGAAACUGCGACACACCUUCCGAGGUUUUCGAGCACAAGUGGAUAGAAACGUUCUUUAUUGGACUCAGACUGGUGUCAGCAAAUGGUGCAGCCACGAUGGCAAGAGUUGGUGGGCAGUUACAGACGUUCACUUCCGCUCUCUGGAUGAACGAUAUCUCAACUGUACAGAAGAGACUCUUAAAAGCACAUUUCAUUCGCUUUGCCUACGGAUUUGAGUUCACUUCAUGCCCUCACUGUGCUUUCGAUCAACUGUGUCAAUCAAAGACUGUCAUUCAAAAAAACAAAAUCUUGGUGCACAAAAGCGAACGACCAACAACAAGCACAAACUAGACAGGAUGUUUUAAUAGUAUAUUUCUAGUUGUUAAUACAUUUAUUGAGAACACACUGAUGCUACAGGUCGGUAUAUAUAUAUAUAUACAUGAAUACAUUUGAUUCAUGUAUUUACCUUCAUAUA